AUGGCGAGAAAAGCAUUGACGAGAGUUGUAAUCGUUGGCGCGGGUCCUGUGGGCUUGUUAACUGCUUUGAUGCUCGGGAGGUGCGGAGUCGAGGUCGAUGUCCUGGAGGCCGCAUUGGAGAUCGAUGCGCGCCCGAGAGGAGCUGCUUAUGGACCUCCAGCAGUCAGCGUCCUCAGACGUGCCGGUGUUAUCGACAAAGUUCUCGCGGCUGGGAUGCAAGCCAAUGGAAUGUGCUGGAGACAGCUUGGAGGGAGCUAUAUCACUGGCAUAGAAGGACCGAACGACCCUAGCGCCACUGAUCGAACCGUCAUCCUACCUGUCCACCUUCUAGCUGGGAUACUGAAUGACGAGGCGAAGGUCCUAAACAAUGUGAACAUUCACUGGGGCCAUAAAUUCAUCAGCUUGAAUCAAGAUGAGUCGAAGGUGACUAUUCAAGCCGAAUCCAAUGGUGAUAUGAAAUCGUUCCAUGCCGACUUUGCCGUUGGUUGUGAUGGUGCUCGAAGUUCGGUCAGAAAAGCACUCUUCAAUGAUUCCUUUCCUGGCCAUACGUGGGAUAUUCAGCUCGUAGCAACGAAUAUCCGGUACGAUGGCUUCGAAAAGCAUGGAUGGUCAGACGUGCAGUGGAUUAUUCAUCCUGACCAUUGGGCCUUGGCCUGCAGACUAGAUAAAAAGGGCCUGUGGCGAGUUGCUUAUGGUGAGCCGGCUGGAAUGAAUGAAGCCGAACUGCGGCGAAGGCUGGCUGCGAAAUUUGAGACCAUCCUUCCCGGCAACCCAAAACCAGGGGAAUACGAAUUGUCGAGAUGGAGUCCUUUCGUAAUGCAUCAAAGAUGCGUAGAAAGGAUGCGAGUGGGCAGAGUACUGCUUGCUGGCGACGCGGCUCAUCUAUGCAACCCAAUGGGCGGCCUCGGCCUGACUGGAGGGAUCGCUGACGUUGGAAGCCUUGUAGACUGCCUACAAGGCAUUCAUGGAGGUAGGGCUGGCCUCAAGAUUCUCGACAUUUAUGACGAGAAGAGGCGCGAAAUAUACCACAAUCUCAUCGACCCAAUGUCGUCAAGUAACUUGAAACGUGUGAUUCAAGAUGGGUCGACGGCUCUAGAGAAAGAUCCGAUUCUGCAAUACAUUAGCUUCGCCUCGAAAGAGCCAGCUGAGGCCGCUAACCUCUUUCAUAUGCAAGAUGCGCUCACUGCGGACUUGACUAGAUUCUACGACUUGAGUUGA